AUGCUGAAGCUAAGGCCUACACCGCUUACGCCUCUCAAAUGCGAACACACGAGCGUAGAAGGGAUGAAGCAUGCAUCUGCUGGCUCAGAAUGGGUUCUCCCACUCGCGGUCGUAUGUUUCUGGCCAGGGGCGGCUACACAGACUUCAACAUCAACCACGCAGACAACUGUUACAUCCACCGUACCACCAUACCAAUAUUUUCAGGGCGACUGGUCGACAUGUUCGGCGACCUGCGCAGUAGGCACACGCACGCGCGAGGUCUUCUGCUAUGAGACCUGCAGUGUACCUCAAUUUUGCGAGGUUGCAGAGGCAUUUUGUCGAGAUUCUCCAAAACCUGCGGACUUCGAUUACUGUUGGCCGGCAGUUGUGUCCUGUCCAGAUUCAACAACCGGCACAUUCACGACAACUUUCACAAGCACGUUUUCUACUAACACCCAAACGGUCACAUCACAAACUUCAACCCAGGGCGUGCGGCCAGGCUGGCAAUGUGCUUGGGAUGCCACCACAGGAUGCGUGAUCGGCUCCAUCGCUCAAGUACAAUGCGGAUCGAACUGCCCGUGCUGUCGGCGCGCGGACGUCAAGUCCACCACGCCGCGGCCCUUUGAGCCAACCGAUACUGGAAAUGAGGUGUCUGCAGCUGUCAUUGUCAUUGUAGCCUUGACAUCCGUGGCACUGGGGUCCGGUUUUGCCGUUGCUGGCUGGCGAUCGUGCGCCAAAUCCCGGAGGAAAACCCAUGCCACCGGCAGUCACGUCCCGAAGGCGGAGGCAUAUGGCCACGGAGAUAGCCAGACCGGCCCGAGAAGGGUGCGCGAAGAGCGUGCUGGACAACACGAAGAAGACACGGUCUACGACAGGAAGCUGGGCAAAGGCAUCCCCUCUGCUGCUCCGGAUGGCUUUUUCGACGGGCCUCCAGACUGGAUGAACGAUGAGGAAAUGGGUGCGUCGAGUCCAAGCAGGGAUCGAGCUACCAGCAGGUCUCAAACUGCCACGGGGAAUCUUUUCACAGGCAGCGAAGAGAAAGAGAAGGCGCGUUCCACUCAAUCCAGUCCCAUGAAAAAGGGCAGGCAUGACGGGGCUCUGGCUUUUCAUCGCGCCAUGGACAGUCAUCGCGUGGCAGCUCCUUGUCUUGAUGCUUUGAGGUUCAUGCCAGCAGAGGCAGGCAAGGAUGACAGCGACCACUUUGCACAGCAGGAGUCUCCAAGAGUGAGUCCGACUUCACCUUCGGGGACCCUGCCUCCUGGUUAUGCAUCAGCUGCACGACGCAACCGUCGCACAGGCAAGCAGAUGCCGGACAUGGAUGACUUCGCAUCUGACAGUCAGCACGUCCCUGGUGAGGCGAACACAGCUUCGCCACGACAAAGCCACUCCAAGACCGCAGCCCCAUCUGGCAAGGCGCAGCAGGAGCAGAAGGAUGAACCCCGGGGCAAGCAGGACCGCUCGCACCACGACGGCCCUCGUGCUGCGGGGAAUGCUGACGAUGAGCCUGGACGAAAAAGCAAGCAGCAGAACAAGCAGGGCAUGCCAGGUGCAUCUGGCACUCCGCAUGGAGACGAGCAGCGAACCAAUCCACGGGUGGCAGCAAAUUCUGCUGCUGCACCAGAGGCUGCUGAUCUCAUCGCAAAGGUCGAUAAAGAGCUUGAUCAGACGCAGAGCAAGGACUUGGAAACUCGCCGGCGGACGUUCAAGAACCUCAUCCUCAAGUGGCAUCCGGACAAGAACCACGAAGAAGCUCUUGCGGCAGAGGUUUUCCGCCAUCUGAUGUCCCGCCGGGGCCGUUACCUGGAGGCUUGA